GGGAACGGGCGCUUUAAACUAUCAAAUCAGAAUUGUGUAAAAUAUGGGUUUAAGUUGUUCAUUUAAAGAAGGGCGGUGCUUAAUGUAAGACGGCAUUUGUAUUUUUGGCGGUUUUACAGGAUUUAGAUGAUAUACAAAACGUUUUUGGAGAGAGACAACUAAAGUGAAGAAUAAAUUUGAUGGUGUCAGAAUAAUAAAUUAAAAUAUAAACUUAAGCCUAUUUGAUAUACAUGAAAGAAAAUUAACGAACAACAUAAUUUAUCAUAUUAGGAUAUUUUAAUGUAUCAUGUUGUGUUUGCAAGACAGUUUAUAGAUGGUUCUUAAAACUAAACUAAAUGGUGUAUAAAAGGUGACGAAACGAAUAUACCAUUACAUCGUUAUAUUAGACAGCACAAUGUAAGUUGAUGAUGACCGGAGUUUGUAAUAAUUUCAAAAUGACUCUGAACUUUCUGGAAGAGGAAAUAAUCACGUAAAGAAGAUGCCGUUUUGUGUUUCGUUGCUAUGGAUACACGCGGCAUGUGUAACAGUAGUCAUGGUGUCAUCGUAUUCAAUUAACGAUCACAGGAGUUCAAAUGACAUAAAUCUGGACUUUGAUAAGCUGGAAAGACUUGGACAGACUGACAGCCUUAUCAAGGCCCUGAAGCAGAUUGCACAGAACUCGCACGAUUGUGGGGUCAGGGACGUCCCUAAGUUACGACGGAAGUUUCUUACAAACGACUCCAUCACGUGCAAUGAUGGGUCUCCAGCAGGGUACUUCAUACGCAAGUCCUACGGCAGCAAAAAGUGGAUUAUUUUUCUUGAAGGGGGCUGGUACUGCUUUGAUGACGUGAGCUGCCAAAUGAGGGCCAGUACAGACAACAUGCGACACUUUAUGACGUCCAAGGGAUGGCCAAAGAAAAAAUCAGUAACAGGAAUGCUGUCCUGGAAUCCAGAAGAAAACCCAUACUACUUUCAUUCCAAUAUUGUAUAUAUUCCAUACUGUUCAAGUGAUACGUGGAGCGGAACCGCUCCGAAAGGUACCAAUGGAAACGAAUACGCUUUCAUGGGUUCCCUGAUAUUAGAACAAGUUAUAAAAGAUCUCAUUCCACGUGGUUUAAAACAUGCCACGAAAUUAAUACUCACUGGAAGCAGUGCGGGUGGCACAGGCGUGCUGGUCAACCUGGACCGAGUGGCGGACCAGAUGGCGGUACUUGCACCGGAAGUUGAGGUACGAGGUGUGGCGGACUCUGGUUGGUUCCUAGACUAUCCUCAGUACCGCUAUAAGGACUGUGUGGCCGCCCUCACGUGCGCGCCCAUGGACGGAACCAAGAGGGGCAUCAGGAUGUGGCAGGGGCGUGUACCGGAAGCGUGUCAGGCCGAGUACCCGGAGAGCGAGCACUGGCGCUGCUACUUCGGCUACAGAAUUUACAAGAACAUCAAAACGCCGCUAUACGUGAUCCAACACCUGUUUGACGAGGCCCAGAUUCUUGUGGACAACGUGUUUGAGCAAACUCAGAUCCGCGGUGACCAGAGUGCCGCCAUGGUGUCACGUUCACAGUGGCAGUAUCUGCACAAGCUCGGCCAAGAAGUCCGUAACACUCUGCAGAAUGUCUCUGCGGUGUUCGCGCCCGCGUGCCUGUCACACGAAGUAUUACUCCGCCCCGACUGGUUUAAUAUCAGUAUCAACGGUAUCAAGCUUGGCCAGUCCAUAUACUGCUGGGAAAACAGCUAUAAAUACGACAAAUGUAUCCGAUCCACUACCUCUGUCAAUGCAAUUGAACCUCUAAAUGAAACAUUACAAGGAGACUCUCCGAAAGCCAACACCACCUCAAAGAAAGACCGCCGACGUCACAAGCGGAAAAAAGACCGGAAGAGGCGUCGGCGUAAGAAUAAGAAGAAGAAACUCCGCCGACGAGAGAAGGGCGAGAGAAAAGGUGAUAACCGGGCUAAUAGACGUCAGCGGGAAAGCAAGGAGAAAAAUAAAAAUCGGCGACGGCGGCAUCAGUAUCCGAGCGGAAGUUGCUUCCACCAUCUGAUAGACUCGUGUCCGCUGCCCCAGUGUAACGAAUCGUGCCCAAAAUACCGGAACCGCUAUACAGGGGAUGAGAUGGAUUUUCUGCGCAUGUUCAUUCAGUACGGGCUAGACCGGAAGGAGAUUGCGGAACUCCUCGGACAGGAUAUGUCCGCCGUGGAGCACAUGGACGAUAACGCUGUGAGGCGGCUAAUUAUGAAGUUCGUUAACAAGGGGAGUUGACGCGCUUGAAAAUGUCAGGUGCGAAGGCAAAGGGGCAUCGCAUGGCGUUAAAGCGCGGUAGACUGGGAGCAGCGUUGUAUCGCGUGGUGUUAAACUGUGAUUAUUGUUGUUACUUUUGUAUACAUAGUGCAAUCAAUGUGAACCAAAGGUCCGUCGCUAAGCCAGUUUGAUGGGCGCCGAUCGUCCAGUGUGUACAUGUAAAACGAGGUCGGCCUCUAUGUGAACAGCGGACGUACUGUGCUUAAGAGAACUGUUAAAAGUGCAUGUGUUAUUUUUUGUCGUUUGGUUUUCACCUUUCGAUGCUUGAGACAUUAUGAAGUUGUUAACCAGCUAUUUGACGUUUUAUCGUCCAUCCUGUUAAUUACCUCGCAAAUUACAAACCAAAAGAAUAUCUAUAUUAUACAUGUGUUUUAUAUACAUGUGCUAUUUGUACUUCUAUAAUUGUGCUAAGUUAUCAGUUCUAAGCAUAACGUAUUGUUAUGCAUUUGUGAUUUGGUUUUGCGUUUGGGACAAACUGACAUAUAUCUUAUGUUGUACUUUUAUUCUAUACAGCAUUAUUUUUCGGUACUUAGUCAUCAGGGUAACGUUGUAAUGUUUGAUGACUUUUAUUCAUGUUUUUUUCUUACCGAAUCAAUAUUGAGAAAUUCAAGUUUAUUAAAAUCACUUCGAGAAAGAAAUGUAAGCAUUUUACUAUUAAGCAGAACAACAAAUCAAAAGCUACACAUGUAUAAAACUGGAUAUCUAGACGGUUAUUGUAUUCACAAGUUAAAGAUGACCCCUUUUGACCCUUUUUGUAUCCAGAGUCUGGGGAAGAGUGGUGUAGGUGUCUGCCUCUCACCAAAAGGGUCGUGAGUUCGAUCCCCACGAGGGGAACAUUUUCAUGACGUCACAAAAUGCACAUCAGUAUUGGUUCUGCCAUUGAAACGAACUCCAGCAUGAUUCUAUAAGCUAUCAGCUUUCUUCACAAUCGACCUUGAAGAAAUUAGUACAUAUUGUGUCCGGUGGGGUGGGUUAGUUUGUCCCGUCUCAAACGAGCGCAGCUUUUUAAGAUAAAUUGUUAUUCCGGCCAAGUCAACACACUGACCAGGGAUUUCACAAAUGUGACCAUAAGUGACCUAUUUUAUUAGUUGGUCGUGUUCUAUAAAAAAGAAAAAGUAAAGACAAGGAAAAACUGCGAACAAUGAAUUAAAGUUCAAACUGUUUAAUAAGUUCGCGGGCAGCAGGAAUCAAUCACAGGGUCUCUCAGUCUGCAGACGAAAACCAUAUCCACAGCGCCACGUCAGCCAGAUAAGUUCAUAGAGUUUCAUGAAUAAAACACAAACAACAGAUAAGUUCAUAGAGUUUCAUGAAUAACACACAAACAACAGAUAAGUUAAUAGAGUUUCAUGAAUAACACACAAACAACAAAUAAGUUAAUAGAGUUUCAUGAAUAACACACAAACAACAGAUAAGUUAAUAGAGUUUCAUGAAUAACACACAAACAACAGAUAAGUUCAUAGAGUUUCAUGAAUAACACACAAACAACAGAUAUGUUCAUAGAGUUUCAUGAAUAAAACACAAACAACAGAUAAGUUCAUAGAGUUUCAUGAAUAACACACAAACAACAGAUAAGUUCAUAGAGUUUCAUGAAUAACACACAAACAACAGAUAAGUUCAUAGAGUUUCAUGAAUAACACACAAACAACAGAUAAGUUCAUAGAGUUUCAUGAAUAAAACACAAACAACAGAUACUUGUGACGGAAUUGGUCAACAUUGCAGCGAAAGUUAUCAACGUUCAAAUGUUUAUGUCUUGUUGGUUAGUUCAAAUACUUGAAAAAAGGUUAUGAUUUGUUAAUGCGUGUUCGUUCAAUCAGAAGUUUAAUAAGAAAUGUUUAAGAGGCCUUUUGUAACCAGUAAUCUCAGAUUUCGGUAAGCAUCCCCUUAAAUCCGUUAAAUACUAUAUGGUAUUCAGGAAUGGGGUAAACAUCUAUGGGUAAUAAUUUAUGAAAAUAUAGCACAUGUUAUACAAUCUAAACCUUAGACAACAAACCUUACACGAACAACCUUAGACAAAACAACCUUGGACAAAACAAACAACCUUUGCCAACCAAACGUAGGCUUGCAACAACUACCUUAACCAAAAACUGUCUAUGACAAUAAUAUUGCUCCCAGAGAUAUCCAGUUUUGUACAGUUAGCUGUAUUAAAGUGGUUAUAGUUAACACAAUCCAUCUUGAGUAUUACUUUACGGGUAUUUUAUUCUUCUGUAUUUUUGUAAAUAAAAU